AUGGCGGCGUCCAGCAAGACAAGUCAGUCAUCCAAAUCUUCGCAUACUACGUAUGCACCUACUCCGAACAACAAUGCGUCAAUGUUGUUAGAGAAAGGCCGGCAAGGUGGUCGGCGAUCCACUCCAGACUCUGAAGCACUUGCCUCCUCCGAGGAUGAAAACGAUCACCACGGGCAUACUCAAGCACAGCCGACUCCCGUUUCGAACACGACGCGACGUACCUCAUGGCUGAACGAAAUACCCAGCUCAUUGCCCCGGAAAGCAUCUUUAACCGCUACCAGCUCAUUUUCUCCCGUGAACUCAAACCCCACCACACCGGCAACGGAUCAAGGUGCCUGGGGUUCAGCAACGAGCCCAGGUCUCGCAAGCUCGGUUAACUGGGGUUCGACAGGAAAUGGGUCCUUCCCAUGGGUACUGGGAUAUGGAAUGCCGAGAACCGCAAAGAACCACCUUCAAGGUUGUCAGAAGUCCUCCAAUCUCCCACCUCCAUACAUCCACCUAAUUCGAGCUUCGGGUCUGCCGACGAGCAUACUCGGUGAGCUAGGACGUGACUCCGCCGUUCUGGGGCGUGUUCGGGAAGACGAUGAUGAUAUUAGCCCCAAUGAUUCUGAAGGCAAUAAUAAUAAUUGGUCUUCUAAUCAGGCACGUACUAUCGAGCAACUGACUUUAGAAAAUGCACUUUUACGCCAAGCUGCUUCAAGCCAGCUUGAAGGCGUGCGAUUUCGGGAUCGAACCCUUUCUUCUACUUCGGCUAACAGUGGAUAUUCUAUUGCUCAGGGCCAUAAACUACACCCUAUCCAUGGAAGCGUCCCCGAGGAAAGCGAUCUAGCGGUCGAAGACAUGGAUGAACUCGGCGAAUUUCCCGGAUAUAAUGCCUCGCGCAGUAACGCCAGGAGACGAUUCAGCCUACACUCUGCUAAUCUGGAAAAGCAGUUUCCUACUUUUACUUCUUUGGAGAAUCGUACUUUGGAAAAUAUCAAGCGGGCUCAGUGGCAAAGUUCACUUGGUUUCGGCAGUAUUAACGACGUUCCCCAGAGCCGUCGUCACUCUUUCGCGGAUGUUCCCACGAGACAGGUCUCAUCACUCUCCGGCUCGGCAGAUUCCCAGCCUCCUGUCGGCACAGCUGUUAAGAAGCAGGACGAGGACGUUGGGAGCUAUCCGGAAACUGGCUUAAGCGCUUCAUCCACAGAUAAUCGUGAGUAUCUCGCAUCUCGUAACACUCAGUCCCUUGCCGAACGUGCAAAGGAACUGGAAGGUUUACGUGCUCGUCAAUUUGCAGUUGCCUACUUUUCAGGUCAUGAUCUUUCAAACCGUGCAAAUGAGCCUCCACCGUCGUCUGGAAUAUCGACAGCUUUGCAUCAAGCAUAUGUUAUGCCAAACGCUUUUGGCCGACAGCAUGCAGCGUUAGCUCAGCCACAUCAGAAUCAGCAGCUCUUCGUCGUUACAUUCAAAUGUUAUCGGGCAGAUAUUUUCUAUAUUCAGGAAGAUACUGGACUGCAGGUUAAACCCGGGGAUCUUGUCAUUGUCGAAGCGGAUCGUGGAACCGAUCUUGGCACUGUUGCACAUGCAAAUGUGAGCUGGCAAAAGGCACGAGAGUUGAAGGAACAUUAUGCGGAGGAGCACUAUAAAUGGUUGAUGAUGUUUUCUCGCCAGAACCAGUCUGGGGCGCCUCAUGCGGUGAAUCCAAACGGUCAUUCAGGCUUAAGUGGAAGUACAGUCGGCGGCAUGGGGCCUCACAGUCAACAUGCUGGACAGGAAAACCAGGGUGGUGAUAUUAAACCAAAAUUGAUUAAACGACUUGCACAGAACCACGAAAUUCAGACUUUACGUGAUAAAGAAGGAAAUGAGGCCAAGGCAAAGCGUGUUUGCCAGCAAAAAGUUCUCGAGCACAGAUUGAACAUGGAGAUCCUCGAUGCCGAAUUUCAAAUGGACUGGAAGAAGCUUACUUUCUAUUACUUUGCCGAUACAUAUAUCAACUUUAAUUCGCUGGUUACGGAUUUAUUCAAGAUUUACAAGACUAGGAUUUGGAUGUCUGCGAUUAACCCUGCUUCUUUUGUCACGCCCACAACCGGUUUACAGGCUCUAGGAGGCCUUGGACCCCCAUCCUCUCUGGGUUACGGUCAAGAUCCACAUGGAGAUCGCCGUCGACCGCAUGAUUAUAAGCAAUAUGGCGCAGGGAUCAGCCAAGGAUUGACUCCCGGAAUUUUCACUGAGCCAUUGAACAGAGAGACGGCUGGUCAAGGUGGGCCGAUGCGCUCGCCUUAUUUGGAUUCUUAUCAGUCCCUUGGAAGCGCUCGGCAACCGGAAGCUGGCUAUAACGGUUAUACGCAUGGUUUGCAACCUCAGACCGAUCCGUUUAGCUCCUACCCCUCCAACUAUGGGAUAUCCGAUCCGGGUACAGCUGGAUUUGGAGCAGCAGGCAUGCGCAGCGGUUAUCCUGCACAGGAAGAAUGGAUGAACCGCUUCCAGGGCCUUUCGCUUGGCUCUUAAUUGAAAAGAGCAGUUGGAUCUCCGCUAUUGGAACAGUCCGUGCUUCGAAUGCUGUCCGCUUUGGCAAUCCGUUGUUUCCGCUUCUUUUUAUUCGCACCACUGCAUCCGCAUCCGCUAUUAAUGAUAUCUCGCGCCGCAUUCUAUUCUCCAGAUUUACGGGUUUUAGUACCUAAUAUUUUUCUCUUCGGUUUUGCGGGUCAUUUUCUUGCGCGUUUGUACCAUCCUAUCGUGCUUACAUCGAUUCUGGACAUACAGGUGAACUAGAUAUACACUUGGCAACAGGCUGGCGCGAAAGGUGCUUAUGAUACGGACAUUUAAACGGCUUUUUUGACUUCUCAGUCCUUUCGGAAACCACCGAUAGAUUAUCUCGACCCAUGAUUAACGGAUUGACAUUUGCCUUAAAAACCACAUUGGCACCACAGGCUCGUUUUUCUACUACAAAUCACCUGCUCGAUGCAAACUCUCGUUUUAGGGCUAUUUUGCUCCUUGCAUGUUCUAGUUCACCUUUCCACGACCUUCGCUUUACGGGAUCGGUAAAGGGAAUUGCAACAUCAUUUCCAGUACAUUGGUUGCAGAGAUUUUACAAUGCUCUUAUCUCCUGUUAUCUAAGACUGGCCAUUCCUUUAUCAUCGUUUCGUGUUUUCAUAUGGGGACAUUAUCAAUCUGCCUGUGCAAUAUCUUGAAUUUGGAACAAAAUUGAGGAUGAAAGGCUGUUUGAAAAAUUGAUAAUGGACAGAUUGACUCUCAAGACGGCAAUGGAACUAAACCAUCUGUUUUUCGAUAUGGCCAGGGAAUUUCUUUUGGGAUAUCAAAGUCCUUAAGCUAUGGACUCCCCGAUUCUGCGGGACUCGCUUUGACUUCCAGACAGAACGGGAGGAUACUCGAAGGAUCUUUGGCACAUCAUGCUCUCUUUAUGCUACUCUUUCUUAAUUUGCUUUUGCGUGUACCUAUAUUUAUCACUCCAUGUAUACUUAUUGUCCUUCGUUUCCCCAGGCGCCGAUGACGAUUGCUUCGCCGGAUCCAAUUCUCAGAUUUCCCUCUCCUUUUCUUAUUAUACCCCGUUCUUUUCUUUUCUUUUCAACAUAUUUUUCAUCGGCACUAGAAUGCUGACCAACAUCAGAGAGAUGGAUUGGUCUAUUGAAGCCACGAUUGUCUCUCCAGUCCUUUCCGAAUAUUUGGUUUGUUAUCAAAAGACGUGAAUUUCUUAUGUAUCAUGCCUUUGACUGCAAAUUGGCUUCUUUAUUCUGCUCGUUCCCUCCUCAGUUUGAUAUGCUCAUUUUCCUUUUUCUCUAGUUCCCAAGAGUGUUUAUCCAGAUAGGAGCCGUAUGCAUACAAUACAUUUCUUAUUGA